AUGCCCACAACCAUCUCAGUUAGUCCGGCUGUUCCGGUUAAUUUCUUAGUAAGAUAUAUUAACUUAAUUUCUUCCCAGGACAAACUGGUUGUGAAUGGUGUUGAUCUAGUUAACGAGGAUGAAUUAUCACCCUCCCAACAUAGGGAACUUCAACGCUAUAUUGAUGCAAACGCCCAUUUGCUAGGAUUUCUAGAUAAGGAGAAGGAACAGGAAGAGGAACUAAAGAAAAAGUAUCACGCCCAAGGAGAGCCUUGGAAUAUCCAUAGAUCGAACAUUGGCUAUGGAACCUCUCUCAGUGGUACAGGCAAAGGAGGGGCAAAAGGAGGAAGUGGAGGGGAUGGUCUUAGUGCCUAUGGCAAUGGACGUAAACACCAACAAAAUGGCGGCACCUCCCCCUUCGAUGACCUCCUAGAUUACCGUCCAACCUCAACAACACAAUCCCUAAGUAUCGGCACUCCAAUGUCACUUUCUGAUUAUUAUGGAGGACCCGGAGGGAAACGGAAAGGUGUGAGCUGGUCAGAUGUUGUUGAUCCUGACCAUGCUAUUGCUGGAGAUGUGACUCCAACUACUACAACAGACACAACAAUGCCUGCAGCGACGACUGCAAGAUCUUAUUCAGUGAGUAUUAAAAUCUCAUUAUAA